UAGAAGUAGACCUGCGAGCUGAAAGCAUCCUGUUUGUCUGCUCCACGAUGCCGACUAGACUGCUUUUGCUUCUCUGUCUGACAGGACAUGUGUUUGCCAAAGAACCGCCUGAUGUGGACUGUUUGGUGGUGCAUCUGGAAUAUGUUCACUGUUCCUGGAAUAAGCAGGAAACUUCAGACGUCAAUUACACCUUCUACAGCAAGUUCCACAAUGAUGCAAAAAUGCCUGAGUGCACCACCUAUCUGUCGGAGAACCGAACAAACGUUGGAUGUAACCGACCCUACGACGGCACAGUCAAGCGGUUCUACACAUUUUACACUAAACUGGUACAUGGCAACAGCAGCUUUCAGAUGGAGCAUGAUCUUAAAUCAAAAGUCAAGUUAAAUCCACCGACCAACCUGACUGUCAAGAUUGGAUCUGACUCGAACCUGUGGUUUUACUGGAACCAGACUGCUUCAAACUGUGUGGAGAGCGACGUUCGCUACAGGAUCAAUAACAAGAAUUGGGAUAAUAAUAACAUGUGCACUGGGGUGCAGAGUUACUGCAUCAACUUGCCCUCCAGCAGUUCUCUGUAUGAGCUGCAAGUGCGGAGCAAGAUAGCGAAGUCCUGUGGAGACUCUUCAUUCUGGAGUGACUGGAGUGAGCCUGUGGUCUGGGGAUCCAAUAACAGCACAGUCAUUAAUCAAACCGAUGGUUCAAUGUCUGUGUGGACCCCAGUGCUGUAUGUGUUGGGCGCUCUCACCCUCAUCCUGCUGGUCAUGAUGUUGCUGCACCAUGAAAGGUUCAGAAUCAUCCUCAUCCCUGUGGUUCCAAAGCCGUCCCUCAUUUCUCACGACAUCCAGGACUGGCUUCAACUCUCCAAAGGCCUGAAAGAGAGUUUUAAGUCCAACUACAAUGAGCGGGCCUGUCCUGUCCGCGAGUACUGCCACGUCUCCCAGUCUGACAGCCAGAGCUCCGACAGCUCCACCUCCUCUGUCACCACUGACCAAACCGACUGCUCCGUCUUAAUCCCUGCACACGAGCCAGACCUGUCCACCCCCUGCUCCUCUUCCACCUCCACAGGUCUUGUCGUAUCUGAGGAGGAGGAGUAGGUUUCUGUGAAGAAGGCCCUCAAUCAGGGUUGAGUUUCCCAAAACUUUACAAUCAAGACCUUCUUACGCUGACACAUCUCCUGUGUGAUUGCAAAGAAAGAUGGAUCUGCCUCACAAUCAGACAAUUUAAAAUGUCCACUUCCUCUCAUCUCUUGCAAUCGCUGGUUUAGGGUUAAUAACAACAAUUACACAUAUCAGUUAUUCCUCAAAUGUACUAAAUAUGUGUGCCUGAGGAAUAUAAUAUCCAAAGUGUCUUAAAAACUGUUCAAUCCAAAACCCAGCUUCACUGUGUCGAUAACAGGGAAUGUAACAUCAGAGGAGCAGCUACGUUCUUGUGGAAAGGGCACACUAAAUGAAAGAAAUGAAUUAAAAUCGGUAUCAUCAAAGCAGGCUUUCAUUCUUCAGCACACCUACAGUAUGCUAGAAUAGAAAAAUCACUGACUUUUUCCACUUAAAUCUGGCGCUGCCCAAUUCAAGCCCCUGUUUGAAAUAUGUUUGAUUUCAUUCACUCUCCUCUGUUUGACUAUUUCUUGAUGGAAAGUUAAUUUCAUUUUAUUAUUUGGAAAUACGUUUGGAGAAAAUGGGAUUUUAAUUAGAACCUGCCAAUGAAAAAAUCGAACAUUCCUGUAUUUUGGGCAAAACACCUUCUUGGUAACAUGACGAUAUUUGAGAUACAACUGCUGACAAAAAACACAAUGGCCAAUAGGGCAGCAUUCAUUGCUCCAUCAGCCAGUCAAAUUGCCAAUCAUGUACCACUUUCCAACAGGGCACCCUUUAUAAAGGAUUUAAAAGUUGUAACCUCUAAACUCUAUUGAUUGUUAAAAAUUAUUUCGUAAUGGCUAGAAAAUAAUUAAGAGUUAAAAUGUAACUUUGGGGUUGCCAAGUCUCAGCCAAACUCUAGUUUAACAUUUAUAACUGCAGACUUGAUGGCUAGAAGCAAGAAACUAUUGACAUCUAUUAAUGACUUACUAUAUUUAGAACUGCAUAAUUACCAAAUAGACAAACAAACGCCAGCCAAAGGGAGUUUUCCCAACCUGGCAACCCGAAAGCUGUUCUUCUUGAGGUCUUCCAAUUGAUCUACAAAUUAUUAGUGACUAAUUUAUUAUGCAUUAACAAAGUCAUUAGUUACUAUCUAUAAACCCUGUAAUAAAAGGCGCCUCAUUACAAAGUGACACCACAACAUUUCAGUAUCUAGAUGAUCUGGUCCAGUGCGAUACUGAUAUCAUAAUAGUUUCAUCCAAGCAUCAUGAUUUUUGUAUUAUAUUCCUAUCCAUCUGAAUGCAACCUAUCUGAAUAUAUCUUUGAAUGUAUUUUUUUUUUAAUUUGCUAGGACAUUUUUGAUUUAUAACCUACUUAUAUUGUAGUGUCUCUGUCCAACAUCCAGUCUAUCUGUCAGAACAGGACUGAAUGAGCUGUGCAGACCUUGCUGUAUUUUACGUUUCACAUAAAUAAAUACCUCUCUGUUUA